AUGCACACUACGCACUGCACUUUCAUCUUUUUUUUUUUAUUAUUCUGUUCCGCUUUUCUUUUUCUGUUUCUGCAUUAAACCUAUUAUAUAUCGUCGUGAAAUCAAAGGAUCGCAUUGGCCUUUGAGUUGAGCACACACAACACACAAGCGCCAGCGCCACCCGGAUCUAGGAAUAAUAAAUCAAAGUCGGAAAUCCAUUCAUCAUUUUCGGCGAUCAAAAGCAGAAGUGCUUGCUUCACCGAAAUAAUAAUAAAGAGGGAAAAAGGAAAAGAGAGAGAGAAAUAGGGUAAAAAAAAAAGAAAGAUAUCUGUUGCUAUACGAGGCUGGGCUCCUAUAUAUAUAUAUUAUAUAUACUUGCCAGUCCAUUAUGAAUUUCCCAGAGUCUUAGACCCGUAUGUGAGACAGAAAGAUAAUACUGCGAAGAAGAACUCUUGUGUAUUUAUAUAUAUGGGUUGUGUACAGAGGUCGGCAGUCCCAGACGAGCCGGGUGGGAGUAAAAUAAAUGGCUCUAUAACCGUGCCAUGGGGGAGGGAGUUCAUCUGCGAGAAGAAAGGGAAAAUGAUGACCUAAUAAAUGUCUAGAUGCUUUCAGGACACAUAUGAAAUGGAUCACGCCAAAAAGGAGACUGUAAAAUAGGAAAGGGGAGGGUAGAGACUAGAGAGAAAGAAAAACAACAAAAUAAUACAAACACAUCAGCGAACACUAUUUCUUUGUUUCGGUGGGGACCGGUUAAACGGAUCACAUAUGAGAGCUGCGCAUAAAAAAAGUUCGUUCAUCUUCAUUUGGGGACUCGCUGAGGCCUAUUGAUGUGAGAUGGAGCAGGAAUAUGCCUUCUGUGCGUGACAUUUGAAACUUGAAAAUGUGACAUUCGUGCCAACAGAAAUCUGUGACAAGGAGGGAAGCCCUGCAAGUCGUGUUCGCUUCCGUUUAUUUCUAUAUAUAUUUUUUUUCUUUCACCCUACAUAUUUGGUACCGAGAACUAGCGGCGGCGUGAAUAAUCGAUUUCAAUUUGUUACUACUGACGUAGUAGAACGGGCGGUCAAAAGGCCUCAGAAAAGAAAUCGAAUGGCACAGAGACUUGGUUGUACAAUGCACAGGGUUUUUGAUUUAUCUUCCGAUCGGCCAUUAUUUAUUUUCUGUCGCAGCGCCCACCAUAUUCGCAUCACGCCAUGUCUUCAGCUCCUAUUUUAGUGUUACCUGAAGAGAGACCUUGUCACGACAAUUUCCUUUUCCAUGUUAUCUUUUUUUAUUUUUAUUUUUCCUUUUUUGAAAUCUUUUCCAAGAUAAUGGCAUGUCGCACGACUCGUGCACGUCCUUUUGUCCUAGACUGCUGGAUAUUGGAGAUCCCAAUUCCGGAUGAUGUGCACCGUGACCUUUUCGUUUCGGGGCCAAUCGCCAGGCGAGCAAUCCAAGCGCGACAUUCAAUUUCUGUCGAUUUGCAAAAGUAGCCAAGGCUAUUCGAGACUAGGAUACACACAAAUUGAACGCAGAUCAACUAACACACACACACACAGAGUCGGGGGAGUGUAUACGUGCGGCCACAUAGUCAGAUCGCGCAAUAUCGUGCGCCUCGUUCGCAGACUGUCCAGGGAAAUUGUGAAGGAGCCAAUCAAGAAACAGAGAGAGAAGGAGCGAUCCCAGUAGACGGAAAAACUCUUGCUGGGUUUGAAUUAGUGAUGAGGAAAAUCUUAUCGAUUUAAGGAUCACGAACGCGCGUGUCUCUCUCUCCUCUCUGUGUGUAUGUUCAUUAUACGUUGCGGUGUACACGGUCGGAAUCAGGUCCUAUGGCCAUGGGAGCAUGGGAGCAGAGCGCAGCGCGGGACACGCAGUUCACAUAAAGGGAGAGCUGCUGCUGGACGUGUACAUAUCUAAAGAUAGAGAAGGUAAAGAAGAAAGCUAGACGCCCGGACGCCCGUUGACGUAGCCUCGCCCGCCAUCGCCUUUAUCCGCUUUGCCCCCCUAUAAUCAAUAGAAAUUUUUUCCUCCUUAUUCUUUUGUCUGGUUAAAAUGGGAGACUAAUUCGAUUGAUCCCUUCUACCCUCUAUCGCCCAGCGAAGCCUUCGUGUAAUAUCCUGAAAGAAUCUGGGAAUGUCUGGGAAUCGUAUCGAUCUGGCCUUGGCUACUACCGACCACUUUAUAUCUGGAUGACCAGUUUUCUCCUCAGACCCCUUUCUCGCCGCCGCCGGGGGCCAUUGUUUGUCACAAACACUUGAACCUUCCUCGAUGGAAGAAGGCGGAACUUUGAAACAAUCUCGUCAAACAAAAGGGAGGAAAAGUAUAAAAGCAGGUCAAAUGCAUUCAGACGAUGAAUUUGCCCAAAAGACUGAAGGCCUUCAAAUAAUGGCGAAUAGCGAUCAAAUCUUUUUUUUUUUCUAUUUAACUUGAAGGUUUCCAGAAUUCUCGACCCCAUAUUCCUGGAACACAUUGCGUGUUAUGGCGAAUUUAACGGGGACGGUGGAAGCUGGUCAUCAUCGUUUAUUCCACGGAGCCGUCACACGAAGUAGAUAGUCGGUAAAAGCAGCUUACGGAACGUGGAGCCUCCCCCCUUUCCUAAUGGCAACGUUAAUGACAGAGUUUCUGACUCCAUUGCGACCCAUCAGAACAGGCUAUUUUGAGAUUCGUUAUUAAAACGGGCAGGCACUCCCUGGCCGGCCACAUUUUAAAAAUUAACAGGUCGGUCGAUUCAGCGCCAGAAGAAAAAGUCAAGUGACAAAGGUCGUCGAUUUGCCUUUUGAAUCUACCCCUCUCGGUUUUAAUAGAUUUAAUCAAUGUCCCCCCCCCCCCCGGCGCAAAGUGCGUGUUGAUAUUGACGUAAUAGUGUAACACAGGGUCGCGCCUGGUCUCCUUUUGAAACGCAAAUGAAUUUCUUCUUUACGUGACGCUCAUUUUCGUCCCGCAGCAGCCAACCGUGUUACCCCCCAGGCUCGAAAACUAGACAAGCUAUGAAUUCAUAGUCAGAUGGAUGACUCUUGCUCGCUGAGCCGUCGUCAGCAGACCUUUAUACGGUGGAAGAGCUGCUGACGGCUAUGGGAAUAAUAGCGCAGGGAUUGGUGAAAAAUGUAAAAUUCAUUAUUGUAUAUUUUCGGGACGAUGCUGAGAAGGGCCCAGCCCUCACGCACGAGCGUGCCUUCGAUGGACUUGUUGUUUUAUUGAUAAAGGCAACUGUGAAUCUGUUGGUUUCACCCCUAGCAACCGUUGUUGUUAGACUGGCUAUUGUUGCACCGGCUGCAUGUACAGUCGCUCUCCGCUCCGCCUCACACAUGGUACGUAUGACCCAACUUUUCGGCUCGGGCCCAACCAACCCCAAGGGCCAAUACGAAUAUCAAUGAACAGGCGAAACCCCAAACGUGCUGCUACCUCUCUUUUCGUGAUUGCCAAUGAAGACUUUCAAUUGCGGGACUCCCUAAAAGAAAUGAAAAAGAAAAAAUGAAAUAAAAAAGAGUGCGGUUCCGGUCUAAAUAUACUUCUUCUACUUCCUCUGUAAGGCCUUAAUAUUUAAAGUCAUCGUGAUCCAGCGGAUGCCAGAAAGAAAAGAGAGAGAGAGAGAAAGAAAGAAAGUCGAUGUGAUAUUUAAAAACAUACCUGCACGAAACUGCGGCAUCUGACAGUUGUGCUGAGGAGUUAUUUUUUCCAACUUGCUCACGUAGUUUAGUGCUGAUGAUCCCAUCCAGCGUUAUUUAUUUUUUUAUUUUUUAGGAGGUGGAUCCCCUCCCCAGGGGUAGUAAGAAAGAGAUAGAGGGUUCUUUUGCAGGGACGUCGGUUAUCGACCUGGAAUACAAUGUACUAUGCUGGAUGUCUAGUGUACUGUAUGUGUGUGCAUGCGGAUGGCGAAGAGAGAGAGAGAGCGAGAGAAAGGGGGCAGCAGAGUUGCGCCAGCUCAGUCGCUUGGUAAAGUCUCGACGCAACUAGGCGAAGAACACAAACUCCUCCCACUUUCCCUUUCAAGGAAUCGCUAGCGACGCCGUCCGCACUGCCAGGAACACGGCAGUCUGUCGUGGUACGUUGGUCAGAUAACGACAACGACCACUCACACACCCCCUUGUGUGUGUGUGUCCAAUAUUUUUCGUGUGUUUGUGUGUCUGUGUGUGUGAGUGUGUUUUCUCCUUCGUCUGUUCUGUGCGCGACCGUCGCUUGGACGCCCCAUGUGUUUCAGUGAAUUCUCAUCCGGAAUUGCGCUUGCUCCACUGGAUAAUACUUUUAGACAUUUCACGGGUCGACAGAGCGCAAUUUGCGCCAUGUCAUCCUAUCCGACAGCCAAAGCCGGUUAAUAUUAUCUACGCUGUCGUCUUCAUCUACGUCAAGUGUCAACAAGACUGUAAACUAAAGAGACGACUCUAUCGCUCGAGUGGCCCUGUGUGCGUUUCCUCCCCCCCCCCUUGGCAGCCGAUCGAUUUUCCAUUGGUGUAAUGCGGUUGCGUUGGCCGCCUCAUGUUGCACUAGUCAUGGUUGACCUUCUUCUUCGUCUGUGUGGCCGCCGACUCGAUUGAAGUCGUCGAUAAGAACGGAGGAAGGGGGGAAAAAUCUGAUCAGGUCAUGAACACCCAUAAGCCCCGAUCAUCAACACCAUGACGAAUGAUGGAAUUGAAUAAAGACGGAGUCGACUGCGCCUCUGUCAUCGGCUGCGCCCUCGACUCCGCACCGCCCGCCACCACCAGCACCUCUACGGCUUCUUGUUGUCAGGAGCAGCCGGCCGCAGCUGUCAACGCUGACGUUUUGCAAGCCAAAAUCAGCGCGUUAGAGGCGGAAUUUCUCGGUGCCUGGCAGAUCCUUGAAUUCCUCUCCACCGAAUAUCUGGCCAUGUGGGAAAGGUUGGAAACGGUCGAGCUUCUGCUCUAUCAGCAACAAGCCACUAUCGCCCGGCUAGUCGGGACGUACGGCGACGCGGGAGCGCUGGACGAGAAGCAGCCGUCGUCGGUCGACGCCUCUGCUAUUAUUAGCGAAGCCAACUCCACCACCAUGGGCGGCCACCUCCAUAAUGGACCCAAUUUGUCGCACGUCAAAGAAGAGGAGGGCGACGACGACGAUGAUGACGACAGGUUCGCCGCCAAAGUGGAGGCCCAGCUUCGCUCUCUCGAGUCGUCGGAACAGCAGCAGCAGCAGCACCACCCUUACUCGAUUACGUCGGUGGGUCGCAGUCGUCAGGCCAGUCGAUUGUCGGCUGACGAAGCGUUUUAUCGCAGCCUCAAUUCGGCUCAUCGCGACAGUCCGUCAAUGAUGUCCGAAUCGGACUACGAAUUGCGAAUGAUUUGGGAGUCGGCCUCCGCCGGCCAGCAGCCAUUUCAUCAAGAUCCCGCCCGCCAGUCUGAGGAAUCAAUUGGCCACGUCUUUAGCGCUCAAGAUUACUGUCAUUACAGGCGAAGUAAUACGACGAGUGGCAGUGGCCAGCCGGACCUUUGGUCCAAGGGCAAGAAGCCCAAGCCUCCGGACGACCUUGGCGAUGACUCGCAGACCGAAGACGAUGAAUGGAUGUGGAGGAACAACAUGGACAGCUCCUCGGACUGCGCCAGACAGAUUCGCGAAAUCGAACGAGUGAGUCGCAAACUGAAGAGGGAUUCACAGAGGCUUCAAGAGCUUCGUGAGAGACUGGUCCAGUCGUCCAGUAUUCCGCAGCAUGUAACGCCACAUGCUCCGGCUGAUCCGGCUAACGAUCUUCACGAACAACUGCGACUGGCGUUCCUGGAAUCGGCCCGGCAGAAAUCGGCGCGACUCCAUCAGCGCCAGCAAGUUCAGCCACCCAAAGCCAACUCAUUGGGCUACUCUUCCAGCACCCAACAGCCAUCGAUCUACCCCGGUUCCUCGUCGGCGAUAGUGGGAGCUCCUGUACAUAUCGAUCCGCUACAUCUAGGGCGGAGCAACAGCUCCGACAAUGUUUCACCCAGUUUUUCUUCGUACCUACGGACGCCGAUCGAAGUGCAAACUGCUGGGCACGACAACGACGCCGCCAAACUUUCGAACCCGACUUCUCCUCUCCUCCAGCGCUCAAAAUCGGCUCAGAAAUCGCCGACUCCGCAGACCAAAACACCAAUCAUUAAAACGAGGAGCGUGUCGGAAGAAAUUGCCCCAAAUUGUUUGGGCAACUAUCUGAGCGCUGCCAGCUCGAGGUCGCCUAAUAAGGUGCCCAGCGCUUCUCGCUCGCCCAGCCGUCGAGCGCAGAAAAGUUUAUCACCAACCCGAGUCAAUCGAGUCAACUCGAUGCGAUCCGAUUCGGGGGUUUCUUCUCUCAGCGGCAAUUGGUCGUCGAUGGACCCCGAAAGAUCGCCCGUCAGUCCCAGUCAAAUGUUGGUCUUGGCCGGACAUCAUUCAUCUACGCAACAGCAAAUCGAGUUGAUUAAUUCGGUCCCGCCUCCUCCCGCUCCCGCCGACGGUCAAAACGCUCGACCGAGCAGCCGAAUGAUGUACGAACAACCGGCAGCCUCUCCUUCCGCACGUUCCCGGUCUCAGCCCAGUCAAAUUCAGCCACAUUUAACAACGGAAACGUGGAAUGUCCAGGGCUCCAUUUGUUCCGUGGCGACAGCAGCAUUUCCAGCUGCCGGGUCCAAUCAACGGGCCGAUCCUUAUCCCGAUUCCGUUCAUCAUCCCCACGAGGCGCCAGAUGGACCUCGAUCCCGACAAAAUCAUCCGGCGCCGUGUAAUUUAUCUCGAAACAAUUCAACGUGGCUGGAAACCGAAAUUGACAACCCGUUUUUGCCGACGACGCUGGAUGAUGAAUGGUACAGCCCGCGAGGCGUUGUCCACCCUCAGACUGCACCCCAUCAGCAUCACUACAGAUCAAAUACGCCAAGUCCGGCUCCCGGCUCCCUGCCCGAAGGCCAUUUCGUUCCAGAACCCGCCAACGUACUCAACCAGCAGCAACAACCCAAACAGUUCCAGUAUCCUACUCUGACUUUCGAGCCGUGUCAGGAUGAAUUAGUUCGCAAUUUCGAAUCGCAUCCUUCCAAUUAUAUCCAGCAGACCAAAUCGGCCGGUUGUUCUCCGAAACAGAGGCGCCGGCUGCACUCGUCGCCGACGUCGUCUAUAACGAGCCAACGGUAUCAACAACAGGACAAUCAACGCCAACAACAUCCGAAUCUACGACUGGAACAUCAGCUCUCAUCACCGGGCCGAUUAGUGCAAACCACGACGCCAGCCGAGCAAUUAUCUUCAUCAUCAUCAAUCGAUUACUACGAUCUCUAUUACCAGACGCCAUCAUCGCUAGCUCAGCAACAACAACAACAGCAGCAGCAGCAGCAGUAUCAGCAGCAGCCUUGUUACAUGGAACAUAAUCAUAGUGCUUACGGUAGCCAGGAAGGAGUCUAUUUGUUCCGCAAUCCGCUACCUAAUUACGAAGAACAAUCGCCCUACGAGACGCGUCGUCAAAGUGGACAAGAAGAAGAAUCGUCCUCCUCUUUCGGCCAUUCGCCGUCCUCUUUCCCCGCUUACACCACUUCGAGCCAGGUGAUUGUGUCACAAUGCGGAUACAUUUCCAUCGCUGCUUCCAGCGGGCCUUCCCGGCCGAUCUCUCCCGGCAAGCAGCCGCGGAAUAGCCCGCGCAAGAAAAUUCGAACUGCCGUCAAUCAAAUUUUCAAUCGUCCCAAACUCAAAAAUCGUUCCGUCUCUUUGCCGGGUGUCGACGCUAUGCAGGAGAUGGAUCGGCAGCAUUUGCCUCACAGCGCCAGCGGAAGCACUGGGCGAAUGGGCGGGACGGACGACGGGAAACGCUUUUCGUUCAGUCGGACGUCUUCACUGCCCGGCUUGAAAAAAGGCAAAAAAAUGAUGAAGCAACUGACAAACAUAAUCGGUGGGCGAAGAGGAAGUAAUGAUGGCAAGAGACCCGGAAGCCUCCAGUCGUUGCCUCAAUCGAACGACGAUUGGACGACCGUGUCUCGGCGGCCACUUCGGACGCUGGACGUCGUCGGCAAUCAUUCGGGAGAGCACGGCGUUAGUCGAGCUUUUGUAUCGUACUGUAACGAAGGUUUCGAUUCCGGCAACGAUUGGGACGAUGAAAUGUCGGGCCAAGUAGCCACUGGAGGCGCCUCGAGUCGAGUGUCCGAGAAUUCUCUUAUUGCCCCCAUUCCUGGAACGGUUCCGGUUUCGGAUCCUUCGCUAUUGACGAGGCGGCCAAGUGGUCCCUCCACUGGAGAAUUCGCCGCUUCCCGAGCCUUGGGUCGCUACCGUCGAAUGGCGGCAGCUGAAGCAGCUGCCACUACCAUUACAUCUCCGGUCGCGAUGACUCUGCCAGACGUUGCAAUCGUCUCAUCCGGCGGCGGCAGUCAGCCGGAGAAUCGCCGCAAGGAGCGUCGACCAUCCGGUUCAGAUGAUGAUACGAGUCUCAGUCUCAGUUUGAAUUUGGACUUCAUGGCCCGCCAUUUAUCGGCGGAUGAGCAACGGGACUACGACCAGCAGCAAGAGUUUGACAAUCAAGAAAUCUUUUUCCCAAAAGUUGCCAUCAAAUCCAGCCCCAAGAGAAGUCAAAGUGAUGCCUGCAGCACUGCGGCGGAUGACUCUGCGAAAUGCUCUUUGACGGUCCAAGUUGAGCCGCACCCUCAACCUGCGGAUUAUUUGGAACCGGAUCAAUGUCGACCCGCCGGAAGUGUUGAGAGUGCUCCGGCUUCACCAAGGCCGUUGGCCAACGUCAACCGGACAGCCCCGCGCUGGCAGAGCACGGAAGACAGCAUUGACGUCGAUGACGAAUGGUAUCGCUACGGCAUGAUGCAGCUGGAGGAAAUGGAACGCAGGGCGGAAUCCGGCGGAGCCGACCUGUUGGCAGAAGCGGCUCGCCAAUACAAUCAACAAACAUCCUACGACAACCAAAUGCAGGCAGUUUUGGGCGAACUUCAAGCCAGAGUUCCAGUUUAUCCAGCCAUCGAUGCCUACAGGAGCCAACCCAUCGCCAAGGAGAUGGUCAUCCCGUCCGACGAAGGCUACGGCUACUUGCCGCCGGCCCAAGAAAACUGGGACUACGCCGUCCCGGCAGUCGUUUACGAUCCGGCCAUUUGUGCCGAGCCUGCGCCCAUUGUGGGAGAAGAAGAGAACGACGACUGGGCGGCUUACACCAGUUCUCCAAAUAGAGCCGGAUUCGCUGUUCAAGAACCCGCAAUGGGAUUGGAACAAGUCAGCGUUAAAGCGCAAGAUGAAGACGACGAAGACGACGACGACUAUUCUUCCGGCGAAACUAGCGGACCCGAUAGUCCCCAUAAUCAGAGUUUUGACGAUGAUAACGAGAACGAAGACGGAAACGAGCCCUUUUAUCCGUACGAUGUGAGCAAUAAUAAAGAACGGGAAUACUACGAGCCAACUAGACACACGGUCGAGGCUGCGAUAGAAACGGCGGCCUCUGCAGCGCCGGCUACUGCUGGUUUUUACCCGAAUAACCGACAUUCUAUAUCCGGAUCUCGCGGUUCAACAACAGACUUAUUUCCAAGCAGCGGUAACAUCCUGUCAGCCGCCGGAAGUACGGCCAGCAACAUUGCUUCGUCCGUCUUUUCAUUUUUCACCUCGACCACGGCGCUCAAAGACGGAAACGAAGAAGCGUCAGAACCGCAGCCGUUCGGAACGGAUGUCUACUACACUAGCGCGAACAAUAUUGCGGCUGCCGGAGCGGCGCCAACGACUGCAAUAACAACAACAGCAUCAGCAGCAGCGGUAGCAGCAACAACGACCGUUGAAUCCCCCGGACAAGUUGCCGAGGCCGGUCUCAACUACACCCAAGAUGGCGAUGAUCACAUGGACGCGUUGGAUCCCGAGCAGCGUAAAAUGCUCACGCUGACUACCAAGGGUAGCGCGGCUCGAUGGAAACUAGUCAAGACACUGCGAGAUAAGAAAGCCGAAACGGCCAGUGGUGCUGCAACGACUGCGACCACCAGUCCGACGAAUAACGAGGCGAAUGGAUCCGGUGGAGCUGGAGGACGCGGCAGUCGAGCUAAUGGGCUGCCCGGUGAUAAUCCGUUCUACAGCAACAUCGACAGUAUGCCAGAUAUACGACCCCGGAGGAAAUCGAUCCCUCUCGUCUCUGAGCUGGUUCUCAAGACGAUGGCGGCGACGAAGCGCAAUGCCGGAUUGACGUCAGUUCUGCCUCGAGCCACACUCAACGACGAAGAACUGAAAAUGCACGUCUACAAGAAAACGCUGCAGGGCUUGAUCUACCCGAUUUCCAGCACGACUCCGCACAAUUUCCAGCCGUGGACGGCCUCCUCGCCGACCUACUGCUACGAGUGCGAGGGUCUACUCUGGGGCAUCGCUCGCCAGGGCGUCCGCUGCACCGAAUGCGGAGUCAAAUGCCACGAAAAGUGCAAGGAUUUGCUCAACGCCGACUGUCUCCAAAGAAUCCUUUUCGAUGACGACGACUCCAGUUUACUGAAUAAUUUCAUGCACAUAGGGGCGGCCGAGAAGAGUUCCAAGCACGGCGCCGAGGAUAAAACGCAAAUCAUCAUCACGGCCAUGAAGGAGAGGAUGAAGCAGCGGGAGCGCACCAAACCCGAAAUCUUCGAACUCAUCCGGGCCGUCUUCGGAGUUGAGGAACGCAGUCAUAACGGUCACAUGAAAGCCGUCAAGCAAUCCGUUCUGGACGGGACGAGCAAAUGGUCAGCUAAAAUAGCUAUUACAGUGAUUUGCGCCCAGGGAUUGAUCGCCAAAGAUAAAAGCGGGACGUCCGAUCCUUACGUCACCGUCCAGGUGGGCAAAGUGAAAAAGCGGACCCGCACUAUGCCCCAGGAAUUGAAUCCCAUCUGGAAUGAGCGAUUCUACUUCGAGUGUCACAAUUCCUCGGAUCGGAUCAAAGUUCGUGUCUGGGACGAAGAUAACGACUUUAAGUCGAAAAUGCGUCAAAAGUUCACCCGCGAGUCGGACGAUUUUCUUGGACAGACAAUCAUUGAAGUGCGAACCCUUUCGGGCGAAAUGGACGUUUGGUACAAUUUGGAGAAGCGGACGGACAAGUCUGCCGUGUCGGGCGCCAUCCGGCUUCACAUCAGCGUCGAAAUCAAGGGAGAAGAAAAGGUGGCCCCCUACCAUGUCCAGUACACUUGCCUGCACGAGAACCUUUUCCAUUACCUAUCGGAACAGGUGCACCAUGGCGGAGUCAAACUUCCGGUCGCCAAAGGUGACGACAGCUGGAAGAUUUACUUUGACGAACCGUCGCAGGAGUUGGUCGAAGAGUUUGCUAUGCGUUUCGGCAUCGAGCCCAUCUACCAGGCCAUGACAAAUUUCCACUGCCUCUCUACUAAGUACCUCUGUCCGGGUGUUCCGGCCGUCAUGAGCACCCUAUUGGCCAACAUCAACGCCUUCUACGCUCACACGACCGCCUCGACGGCCGUCUCCGCUUCCGAUCGAUUCGCCGCUUCAAACUUUGGAAAGGAGAAAUUUGUCAAGCUGUUGGACCAGUUGCACAAUUCGCUGAGAAUCGAUCUGUCCAUGUACCGCAACAACUUUCCGGCUUCAUCCCAGGAGAAACUGAUGGAUCUCAAGUCUACCGUCGAUCUGCUCACUUCAAUCACGUUCUUCCGUAUGAAGGUGCAAGAGCUCAGCUCACCGCCGAGAGCCAGCACGGUCGUCAAGGAUUGCGCUACAGCCUGUCUCAAGUCCACCUAUCAGUUCUUGUUCGAAAACUGCUAUGAACUCUACGCUCGGGAGUAUCAGGCGGAACCGGGAGAGGCCAAGAGAGAUCCAGAAGACCACGGCCCCAGGCUGGACAGUGUUGACUUUUGGCACAAGUUGAUCGCUCUGAUCGUUUCGGUCAUAGAAGAAGACAAGAAUAGCUACGCUCCCGUCUUGAAUCAGUUCCCGCAGGAGCUCAACAUCGGUCAACUUUCGGCGUACACCAUGUGGACUCAAUUCGCCGUCGACAUGAAGUACGCUCUGGAGGAGCACGAACAGCAACGACUCUGCAAGUCUUCCGCCUAUAUGAACCUUCAUUUCAAAGUCAAGUGGCUCUACAACCACUACGUCAAAGACUUGCCGCAAUACAAGGGAGCCGUCCCAGAAUAUCCCGCAUGGUUCGAGCCGUUCGUCAUGCAGUGGCUGAACGAAAACGACGACGUCUCCCUCGAGUACCUACACGGCGCCUUCAAGCGAGACAAACAAGACGGGUUCCAAAGAAGCAGCGAGCACACCCUCUUCUCGACUUCGGUCGUUGACAUUUUCACGCAGCUGGCACAGUGCUUUGACGUCGUCUCCAAGCUCGAAUGCCCCGACCCGGAAAUCUGGAAGCGGUACAUGAAACGCUUCGCCAAGACCAUCGUCAAAGUCUUGCUGGCAUACGCCGACACGGCCAAGAAGGAGUUCCCCCAACUGACCAAAGAUGAACGCAUCGCUUGCACUCUGAUGAACAAUAUCCAGCAGCUUCGAGUCCAGCUGGAGAAGUUAUUCGAGCAAAUGGGAGGCUCCAAACUCGAAGAAGACGCUGCCAACAUUCUCAAGGAGCUUCAGCAAUCGCUCAACAACGUCCUUGACGAAUUGGCUACCAUGUUUGCCAAAAGUCUGGAGCCGAAGAUCACCGUCAGCGUGAAAGAAGUGGGCGAUUUGCUGUCGCACAUCAAAGGAGGCGGUCAGGUCUCGCUGACUCAGCCGUCGCAACGAAACGCCGUCUCGACGGAAGCGGAAGACUCGCUCAAACCCCUCAUGGAUUUGCUCGAUGGUUCGUUGUCGCUUUACGCCGAGUCUUGCGAAAAGGCAGUGCUCAAACGUCUGCUCAAGGAAUUGUGGAAGAUUGUCAUGCACACCAUGGAGAAAACCAUCGUUCUGCCACCGAUGACCGACAAGAGCAUGAUCCUGAAGAACUUGACCGACAACGCCAAGAACUUGGCUGCCAAUGCCAAAAUCGAGGACAUGUCACGGCUCUUCAAGAACAGCGUUGCUGGCAAACAGGAUGUCAAGAGCGCCCUCAGCGGUGUCAUGGAAAUAUCCAAAGAAUUCGAAAAGAAUUUGACGCCCAAACAGUGCGCCGUCCUGGACGUGGCCCUUGACACCAUCAAACAAUAUUUCCACGCCGGUGGCAGCGGUCUGAAAAAGACGUUCCUGGAGAAAUCACUCGAGCUCCAAUCGUUGCGCUACGCUCUGUCUCUCUACACUCAAACGACCGACACGCUCAUCAAAACGUUCGUCACCACUCAAACGAAUCAAGCUCCCGUUACCAACGCCAAAGCCGAGUGGAGGAAGAAAGCCGAAAUCGCUGUCGAGAUGGAUCGGUCCGAAGACAAGGACGACUGCGAGGAAGGAGCCGAUCAAGAGGAGACAGCGGAUGACGAAACGCUUGGCGAUUCCUAUGAACAGUCCGGCGACCAGCGUCAACAAACUCCGUCCAAAAAAAAGAGCAUACAGAUUCAAUCCAAGCAGUCGGGGACAGAUUUGCCAAGCGUGGAAGAAGGUAGCGUCGGUGAAGUGAGCGUUCAAGUUGACUUGUUCACUCACCCCGGCUCCGGCGAGCACAAAGUCACCGUCAAAGUGGUGGCGGCAAACGAUCUCAAAUGGCUAGUUCAACAGGGAAUUUUCCGCCCGUUUGUCGAAACCAAUUUGGUCGGUCCGCAUCUGGCUGACAAGAAGCGCAAAUUCGCAACAAAGUCCAAGUCCAACACCUGGUCACCAAAGUACAACGAGACAUUUCACUUUGCCAUCGGCAACGAGGAAACUCUGGAAUCCUUCGAACUUCACAUCUGCGUCAAGGACUAUUGCUUUGCUCGAGAUGACAGCCUUGUGGGUGUUGCCGUUAUGCAGUUGAAAGACAUUGUUGAACAGGGUUCUUGCGCCUGUUGGUUGGCUUUGGGCAAGCGUUGCCACAUGGAUGAAACUGGCUGGACGAUCCUGCGGAUCUUGUCACAACGCACAAACGACGAAGUGGCUCGGGAGUUCGUCAAAAUGAAAUCGGAAGUUCGACCUGAGGAAUCGGCCAUUCUACAGUCGUAAAAUCGCAUUCAAUUCCGGGGACGUCACGGUUUAGUUCUGUAAUUAACUCCAUGUUUGUACCUUACGUCUUCCAUUCUGGAGCCACGCGGAUUGUUUGAGUGAGAGGGAGGGGGGGAUGAGAAUAAGCUCCACGAUUCGUUCUUUCUUUGUAUCGCACUGAUGGAUGAGGAACUAGAGGAUUGAAAAACAAAUUGACGGUAAAACCUUUGUUCGAUUCGGACAAAGGGCGGACCGCUCAGUAUUGAUGGUGGGACCAAAAACUAUUCAACAAAACGUCGUAUAAAUCGUGGCAGAUAAUUGUAUUAUGAAUCUGUCUGAGAGAGAGGGAAGGCGAGUGUUGGAGGAGAGUGCAGUCUUGUAUAAUUUCAUCAAUCAAUGUCAUUCGUCCACUCUCAUUUGAUUCACCCUUAUAUUCCCCCGUUUACAACUAGACAAGGCGUGUCUAAAUCGGAUUUUCACUUUCCCGGUCAUUUGAAUGUUUUCUUCGAGUGUGAAUGCGUGCCUUUUUCUAUGUGCUGCGAUUGUGAACACCUGAAGGUCAACUAAAGUGACAGCCACACCCAAAUUACCCAGGAAUGCCUGUAAAAAUGUGUGUCUCCCUGCCGUGUACAAAAAGAAAAUUAGGAAUAAUUCGCACGGUUACUCUUUCUCUCUCUCUCUCUUUAAAAAACAAAAACAAAAAACAACUUUUUUUUUUACAAUUCUUUUUGCUACGACGUGGUGACUCGGUAUAUAUAUCUCUAUCAUCCAUAUCAGCGUGAUUGUGUGCUCUCUUUUUUCCCCACUUCAUCGUUCGCUCGUUCAUCAGUGGCCACUGGACGUUCAAUAUUUGAUUUCCGUUUUCUUUCUCUCUCCGUGUUUUCACUCUCUGUCUGUGUCAUUCUUGAUAUUGUAAAACAUUCCGGAUCAAUAUCCCCCCCCUCCCGAACACCCCCUCCUUCCGUUCAUUGAAUCAUUCGUAUCACACUUAUAUAACACUUUCAUGUUGAAGUCGUCUCCCGCCCAACAACAACAAAAAAAGGAAUAUAUUAAAUAGUAAUAAUAAUAAAUUCUCCAAGUGUCCUCAACAUCGUGAAAUUUGUCUACUGGCAUUCCGGGUUUUUGCUGAGACCCUUUUUCUGCGUUAUAGACCCCCCUAAGAAAUUGAUCGUGAUGACUUUCCACACAAGAUUCCCCGUCUGAAAGAGGAAGUUAAAGAAACAACUUUGUUUUUCUUUCCAUUUUUGAACUUGUUAAUGCACAAAGACAAGAAAAACCUUUUUCCUUAUUAUUAUUCAUGUGACAAUGUUUGCUCUAUUCAUUCCAUCUUUUUUCUCUCUUAUAUAGCGAGACGUGUUAUCCUCCUCCCAACCUCCCUCCCCCACCCCCCGCAAGCCGUCUUAUAUCAUUGUGUAAAGUGGUGUCACAUUAUAACGACCAGACUAACGACCUUCUUCCCACCUUCGGCGCGGGACAAACACCGACACAGACGCCCACGUUAACCGCGCCCAAUAAAGUUACCCCCCCCCCUCUCACCCCACACACACACAUACACAUUACACAACUCUCGUGCCGUUUUUAAUCUAUACCUAAAUUUAUAAAAAUAAAAAAAUACCCACUUUUCGGUCAACGUGAUGUGUUGUGUCCUGUACAUCUUGUUUAACUAUUUUUCAUUUUUAUUUUCUUUCUCUCGCUCUCUCUCCAUCCUUUCCCCCCCUUCGCUGUAAUUACCAACGCUAUACAUUACGAGAUAAAAAUAAAAAUUACUCCAUAUUUCA